ACAGUCCAGGAACUUUCUUUGACCUGAAGUCUGAUGGAUCAUCCAGUCCCAGCUCUCCAGAGUUCCCCAGCAGGAAGAGCAAACUGCUCAGGAGUCAGACUUCAGGAUACUGUGUGAUGCAGCCACUCUCACGUUCAUCAUCCAGUGUAAGCAGUUGUUGUAGUGGAUUGAGGGAAAAUGGAACAUCUGAGGAAGAGGAGAAUGACAGGGAGCUGACGUGCUCACUAAAGGGCCCUCCAAAACGGGAUUCAAUGGUUCAGAGUAUGUGGCUGGAUGACAGUGACUGCACACCCAGUACUUCUAGCUCACCAGGAAGCAGGUUGCUUCCUUCCAGCAGUGUUGCUGGCUCCACUGGAAAAGGGAAAGGCAGCAAAGCAGAGGCUCAGCACCAUAAUCCAGCCUCCAUUUUGUGCUGUGUGUGAUGUCAGCGCUGGAGCACGGUCUGCUGCACGCAGGGUGAGGAGCACAGGUAAUGCACAGGGGGGAGGAGAGCCUGCCCAUCCCUGCCUCACUGAGAGUGCAGCCACUGCUGUACAGCUUCUCAGCAGAGUUAGUCCUUUACCUUUCUCCCCAAGUGAUCUUCCAUGGCCAGCAGCUCUGGCCUGUCUGAUUUACCCAAGCACUCCCUUUCUUGGUUGCCUCCCCCCUCUCAGGGAACAGCAUUUCCUAUUGAGAUUCCGCACCUUACCCUAAUCUUGGCACAAUUUCUUUCUCUUCUUUGUCUUUGAUUGUUCAGUUUCCUUUGCUCAGAUGCAACCUACAUUUCUCUGCUUUUUAUAGUUUCAUUACUUUACAGAACCCCUUUCUGUUGCUCAUUUUCUGAUGUUGUGCCCGUCUGUACACUUGCUUAUUUGCUUCCAGCCUAGCAUUGGUAGGACCUAAUUGUUCAUGCCAGUUUCACAGCUUUUUGAGACAUGGGAAAUGGCACUUGAUUUCCUGGUGAGGUCUAUAAUAGAGCAAAGGGGAACACAACUUCAGCUUUGUUCCCUAGAAUUCAUAGUCCUGUUUUGCUUGUGUUGCUCAGAGUCUCUCUUUUUGCUCAGUGUCCCUUUCCUUGCUUGGUAUCUUCUCUGGCCUGACAGCUAAACAGCUGCCUUGAAAGUGGUGGAGAUGUGAGGCUCUCAGGAACUAGUAUAGUAUAGAGCUGAGUAGAUGUAUCAUCUUUAUGGAAGAAAAUUCUUCCAGCUAUUCCUAAAUAUUCCUCAAGAGCUGGUCGUUUUUAUUGUUGCUAUUUAGACCAUCAGUGCUCAAGUUUUAGCUGCCCUGCCACCUAGUGGCAUUCGGAGCAGUCAGGUGAACAGUUCAGCUCCAUGUGGUGAUGGCCACUGGUGCCACAGCAGAUCAGAGAGGGGAGCUGGCACUCACCACCAAGAACUGAGCAUGCCAGUGCAGCUGCCAGCCACUGAUCACUGGGGUCAUCCCCAGAGUGUUUGCCAAGAGCAUGUGCUCACAUCACAGCUCUGUAACAUGGGAGCAAGGUUGUCUAAACGAGGCAUAGAACUCUCUCAAAGUUCUGCUCCCAAACAGGCAAAUUUUGCUCAAAACAGGCAGAGUCAGAAUUGCAACAAUCUGCAGACUCACUGAUACAAAUGCAAAGGCUGUGGUUUUACAUUUACUGGUGGUUAUUACAGGUAAAAAGCAAUGCAUCUCAGUAGUGCUUAAGUAUGAUUUUAGUACCUAAGGUUUUGAGCAUUUAAUUUCCACUGAUUUGAAGCAGCUCAGACAGCAUUUAAGAUAAUUUUGUGAAAUAUUGGCAGUCUUUAAGAUCCAUGUCUUUUUCAACGACAUUCUGCCACAAGCUGUUUUUUUUCAAUUUAUCUGGUUCAAAGAACAAAGUUUCAUGAGAUUCUGCUUUUCACUGUGAGAUUAUUUCCAGAUGUUCUUUGAAUUCUCACCAGCUCCUUACUAGAGUUCAUUAUUUCCACAAAAGGGCAUUUUACCCACUCCUGAGACAGUACUACAGUCUUAAAGUAAUGUUUUGGUAAUUCCAUUUUAGCACAACCUCUGAAUCAGUUUGAUAACACAUAUUGGAGACUAGCAAGUUUCAGAGGAGAAAUGGUAAAAAAUUUCUUUAGCAUGGCUUCAAGGGACUCAAAGAAACCUAUGGCACCUACACACAUGGUUACUUCUUGUCAUUCUAACUCCUCUUAUCU